CGCACACAUCCACACCUGUCCCGCGUGCCGGCAUAAUGAAGGCGGGAGCGGUGAAGGCGUGGGCGUGGGCGUGGUGUGCUCUGCUGGUGCCUCUCUUCACGCCCACAACACACGCCCAGGAUUUCGACUUGAACCCUGAGGAUCUCCUGGCGCCGCCCCCUCAACUUCUGACUCGCUCCGGGUCCAUCAAUACCCCCUGCCAGACGUCUGAUAAUCAGCAAGGUGUGUGUGGGAACGCCCUCCUGUGUGAGCAGUACGUGCCGCUACUCAGUCAAGUCAGCACCAACACGACAGUGCUCACCUUCUUCCGGGGACAAGUGUGCAGGCAAGCUCCGGGUGUCGUCCACGUGUGCUGUCCCAUCGCACCACCACCACCACCACCACCACCACAGGGGCCGCCACCCACCCCCAGCUCCUCCAUAUCUUUCAUACAGCCGCCCAGGGGAAGCUUCGGCUUCCACCGUCCCUCGCAACGCCCUAAUGCCCGCCAGCCUGCCCGUGGAGGCUUCCAUGAGGAAAAUAAAGAUGAGGAGAAGGAGGAGGAGGAAAAAAUAAAGUUUGUGAAUCCUCCAGUACAACCCACGCGCUUCCCCCAGAUAGUGACCCAACCUCUCCACCCCUCAGCAGCCAAUCCACGCCCCCAUACCCGCUUCCCCACAACCACCACCACCACCACGACUACUACAAGACCACAGCAGCCUCCUUCAUCCGUGGGGGUCUUCUUGAGUCCAGACAGAGGUCCCAUUAUUCCAGGGGGUGAAGAUGUCCCCCCAGUGUCCCAGAGUCCCGAGCCGCCCAUCACGGAGCCCCCAGUGCCGCCCAUACUGCCCUCGGAGAAUGAGUGUGGGUCUACCAGCCAAAGGGGUUCUGCCACGCCGUGGGCGGUAGGUGUGGGCGUGCUGAACAAGGACGGAUUCCAGGUUGUCUGUGGAGGCGCCCUCAUUAGCCACCUGCACGUCGUCGUCGCCGCUCACUGCCUGCACGCCCCCGCCCCGACACACGUGCGCCUGGGGAACCUGCCUGGGGCCACCGAGGACUCGCGGAUCCUCACGUGGGUGCAUCCUAACUACAACGCCGCCAGGAGGGACAACGACAUAGCGCUCAUUACCCUCGACGCCUCUGUUUCCUUCUCCGACAACAUCCGGCCCGUGUGUCUGCCCUUCCCGUACCGCCUGGACGGAUUCGUGGGGCAGCAGAUGCAGGUGCUGGGGUGGGGGAAAGAGGCCACGGUGGAGGAGGGCACGGUGCAGGUGAUAGGGUUGGGGGAUUGUCGCAAGGCCUACCACUCCCCUGCCCUCAUCUCAGACAAUAAGGUUGGGUUCUUCUCCGACCCCUCCCCCCCCACUACCGGGUUUCCUGCCUUCUCCCCUCGUUCUUCGUCAGGAGCAAUAGUGGUAGACAGGAGGCAUUUAUGUGGCUCGCCCGCCCCGUCAGCACCCUCCUCCACGACUUGUCUGAGUGACUUCGGGGCGCCUCUCAUCUACCUGGACCUAGAUACCACAGGGAAACACUUCCUGGUGGGCGUGUCUUCUCGUGGGGAGGGGUGCGAGGCGGGACCAGGCUUAUACACUAGAGUGGGGUCAUUCCUUCCCUGGCUUGCAACCCAACUCAGUUCAGUAAAGGCCUCCACCCAGAGUCCCGCUUCCAGCCUUGUCCCCAGCCCGUCACUGAUCAGGAGAGUGCCGGAGCUCACCCACCGGAACAGAGGCUAGCAGGUCACGUGAAGGCAGGGUGUGGAGGCGAGGGAGGAUGGAAGAAAGGAAAGUGAGAUAGAAAGGGAGGGAGACAGAUGAUGGAGAAAAGGAAGGCAAGGUGAACGAAGUAGUGAGAUAGGAGGGAAGGAGACAGAGAGGAUGAAAGAAAGGAAAACAAGACAAGGUAAGGAGACACGGAGGAUGAAAAGAAGCUUAGGAGGGAGAUAGACGAAAGUAAAGCAAGACAAAGGAGUGAGAUAGGAAGGGAGGAUGGGAAGGAUGCUGGAAGAGAAACAGAGUGAAUAAAUGAAAGGGAAGCAGGACUGACAAGAUAGAGAGGGUGGGUGGGAAGGAUGCAAGAAGAGACACAAAGGGUGAAAGGAAGGAAAGCAAGGCAAAGCAGUGAGAUAGGGAGGAAGGGAGAUAAGAAUGCAGGAAGAGAGAGACAGACAGACAUGUAGUGUUGGUGGCCAAGCACUGGGACGAGGUUUACAUCUCUCAUAACAGAAUAUCACAAAAUACACUAGUUUGCCCCUGUAUCACUUCACAGAAAACGAAAUAUAAAGCUAUGACAGAAAA